AAAGUGGGUAACGCUUUGUAACGCGAUCUGUAAUGCAGCAGAAAAUCGUUGGAAUGAAUAGUUUUUUGUGAUUAACAAUUUCUAUUGAAAACAAUAAUUCUGAAGCAUAUUUUUAUGUUCAUACUAGCUAUCAAAACUUUCAACAUUUGACAGCAUUUUGUCCCUAAACACGUUACAUCGCAGUAGGUCAACUUUGCGCUCCCUGUUGGAUGGAAAACAUGUCAAACGGAAGCAGGACAAUCGAACCAAACAUCUGCCCGGGAACAGUGCGUCGUUAUUUAGUUACCGAAACGGUAGUAACAACACCAACGUGACCAGAAUGUCCACCAACGGCUGGAUACACUGCAACAUUUGCUUUCAUUCGUUCGAGAGAAAGGAGCGAAAGUUUUACCAUCUCUCCUGCCGUCAUGUGCUUUGCAAGCUGUGCAUGGCCAAAACGAAUCGUGGAACGAUGUGUCCGCUGUGCAAAAAACCGUUGGAGCGCUUCACCGAGCUGAACAACCAGAUGGAGCGCAAGGAGAAGAUGUACUACGAUCCGGGUUCGCUGAAGGUUUUUGGCGUUGCGUACCAGAGUGUCAUCUUCCAGCACAAACAGCGCGAGGAUAUGAUACGUGGAAUACUGCGCUGUCGAUCCGCGGUAACGCAGAUGAAGGAAAUGGAAAAUGCCAUGCGCCAGAAGAUAAUGGAAACGCAACGACGCUAUGAAAAGUUUCGCACCCACCGACGGAACCUGCAGGAAGGGUUGCGCCAGAUUUCGCCCCGCUACGGCUCUGGUCCCACUGUUGUGCAGGGCGCCGGUUGUGCAGGGCGCACACCACUGCAGCCGUUGACAGGAAACCGCGCGUCACCACAACUAGCACUGGCGAAUCGUGAUGGCGAUCCGGCCAGUCGCAGAUACCAGGACAAAGGCCGGCCAGAAACGGUAACGUUUGCGGCAUCGCCAGAAUCAUCAUCCGCUGACUUUAGCUUCGGUACUCCUGCCCCAUCGAACCGGUCCGCAACAGUAACGGACGGCAGCUUUACACCGGCGGAGCAGCAACACGCGAGGGUAGCAAUGGAGAAGACGGUUGCAUUUCAGGGUUCGAAAACCGUUAAUUUAUCCACGUUAUCAUUACAGCUUUUCACACCACAAGCUAGCAACGAACGUUUCUUCCGCGAGGGCAACAAACCCGCUGUAACCGGCCAGGGCGAUGGUGGAUUCGCGGACGAUUCUGGCAUUUCGAGCAUGCAAACACCAACCUCAAGCUUAAGCUUUGCCGGCAGCUCUAGAAUGGCACAGGGAAUGCAACAGCAGCAACUGAAACAGCAACAGCUGAAACAGCAACAACUGAAGCAGCAGCAACUGAAACAGCAACAGCUUAAACAGCAGCAACAGCAGUAUCAGCAGCUGAAACAGCAGCAACAGCAACAUCAGCAGCAUCAGCAGCAUCAGCAGCUGAAACAGCAGCAACAGCAGCAUCAGCAGCUGAAACAGCAGCGCCAGCAUCCUUACACUCCCUCAACGCCAGCAAGACAUCUUCCCGGUACUUCGUCGUAUCGACACAGUCAGAUUUUCCCCCCGACUGUACCACGGCCUUGAUGGGCGAGAAUGUCGGACAAGCGCAUUCUUGUACAUACAAUCUUAAUCGUUCGCCUUCUUUAUUAGAAUACGGUUAGAUUUAGCAUCGCCUUACGGUCGUUGUAACAAAUACAUGUGUAAUGCCCUUCCCACGAUAGCCUUUUCUCUCGAUGUAUUCGCCUUAGUAGAUCGGGUAUGAAAAUACGAUAUGUGUGCUCUGUCUCACUCUUUUUUUAGUCAAAUUUACGAGUGAUAGUACUACAUUUAAUUUGCUUUUGAACAAAAAUCAUACAAUGGAAUUAUUUUGUGUAACAAAAGCAUAUGUAACGAUUAACGGCUGAUUCAAAUGGGAAAAUCAGAAAACUGCUACGAAAGGAAAAUGUAUGAAAGAAAAACGAGCAACAUAAUAAACUUUAAACACACUUA